AGGAAGAAGGAAGUGCUGGACCUGAAAGCGGGACGUUAAAUUAACUUGCUGCUCCUUCUCUGGGUGCUGUGGCUUACGGUGUUCCUGCUAUUUGAUUAUGUCUGCCAACAAUCAAGGCACAGAAUUUGACCUCAGCUGGAUUUCUAAAGUGCAAGUGAACCAGCCAGCAGUUUUAAGGCGUGCAGAGCAAAUCCAAACUCGAAGAACUGUGAAAAAGGAUUGGCAAGCUGCUUGGCUUCUGAAAGCUGUUACGUUUAUUGAUCUCACUACACUUGCAGGUGAUGACACUCUAUCAAAUGUUCAGAGGCUUUGUUACAAAGCCAAGUAUCCAAUCCGGGAAGAUCUUUUGAAAGCUUUGAAUAUGCAAGAUAAAGGCAUCACCACAGCAGCUGUUUGUGUUUAUCCUGCUCGUGUGUGUGAUGCUGUAAAGGCACUGAAAGAUGCAGGCUGUGAUAUUCCAGUGGCUUCAGUGGCCACUGGCUUUCCAGCUGGGCAGACUCAUUUGAAAACUCGAUUGGAUGAGAUCAGAUUGGCCAUCGAAGAUGGUGCUAAAGAAAUUGAUGUGGUAAUUAAUAGAUCUCUGGUGCUUACAGGUCAAUGGGAAGCUUUGUAUGAUGAGAUCCGUCAGUUUCGCAAGGCCUGUGGAGAUGUGCACCUCAAAACCAUUCUGGCAACAGGAGAACUUGGUUCCCUUACUAAUGUCUACAAAGCCAGUAUGAUAGCUAUGAUGGCAGGUUCUGAUUUCAUUAAGACCUCAACGGGAAAAGAAGCAGUAAAUGCAACCUUUCCUGUAGCUAUAGUGAUGGUUCGGGCCAUUAGAGACUUCUUUUGGAAAACUGGAAACAAGAUAGGUUUUAAACCAGCAGGAGGUAUCCGGACUGCAAAGGAUUCUAUUGCUUGGCUCUCACUUAUUAAAGAAGAGCUUGGGGAUGAAUGGCUGAAACCAGAGCUCUUUCGCAUAGGAGCCAGCGCUUUGCUUUCUGACAUUGAGAGACAGAUUUACCAUCAUGUGACUGGAAGAUAUGCAGCUUAUCAUGAUCUUCCAAUGGCUUAAAUAAGUGACCAGUGCCAGAAGAACUUUAUGCAAGAACAUCUUACUGGUUUCCCAUGAGACAUGAGUCCAGUGAACUUCCACUUUUGACAACCAAUGAAGAAUUCUCCCACAUAAAGACACCAAUCAUGCAUGUGUUCAUGUUAUCUACAGAGGUAGCAAAGUGCACUUGGCCUUUUUACACGCCCUUUUUUAGUGCUAUUACAGAAGUAGCUGGCUUCUGCUUCUGGUCCUAAACUUCUUUGUCCUUUUGGGAGAAGUGAUAUAUACUUAUCUGGUUUCCACUGUCCAGCAAAAGAAGACAUACCACAGCUGCAAUUCUUAUUGUCACCACUACAUGACAUUCUAUGGUCCCACAUGGGAAGGACCCAAGAAAGAAUCAUGAGUCAGUGAUUAUAGUUCUUGUGGCACAGAGUGGCCUACACCCACAUCUCCAUUCCAAAUAUUAGUCCAUUGGGCUUCAGCAUUGGGCAAACUAAUAAUGGAUCCCUCCUAAGCAUACCUAAUGUGUGCCUUCAUUUUAUUCAUGGUAAUAACAAGAGAUAACUUAGUUUCUUUAUGCUUAAUUGUUACAGAAUCACCUUAAUAUCUGGUCCAAGGUUCCUUUGCCAAGUCAGGAGGAGUGGGUCUAUUUGCUUAUUUCUUUCCAGCAGAUUUAGUCCAAACUUCUUUGGCAAUAUCUGAAGUUCAUUGGUCUCUCACUCAUAAUAGGUACAUUCAUAGAGUUUUAUUUUAAACUUUCUGGUCAUAUGAAUCAGCCUAGUCUUGCUCCUCUGCUCCUUUGAUUAUUGCCCUUUCAAACAACCUUUCUGUUCAUAAUACAAAGUUGGAUGUAGCUUCCUCCUAUUAGAGUGAACUCAACAGGUGCUCUCAGCAACCUAAAGUGGCUAUCUAAAAUCUGUAAGCACUAGAGUACCAUGAGCUCAGAAUGAUGUUCAAGAAACAUAUCAAAAUCAAGUCCCCUGAGGCUCUUCAUUAGUUCCUUACUGCUGUAUUACUUCAGUGUCAUACUUGGCAAUGUGACGUAGUGGAUAAAGGGUUGGUUUUAGGGUCAUAAAGAAUAAAAUUCCAUUCUCAACCUCCUAAAGCUUAUAAUGAGAGACAUCAGAUAAAUGAAUAUAAAUCACUGCGAUAUAAGGAAUAAUAUGAAAAUGUGACCAAAGAGAUUCAAUGGGUUAUACAGUUCAGAGAAAGAAAAUGUCUGGUUGGGGAAAUCAGGGAAGGGCUUCAUGAAGGACAUGCCAUUUGAGUUUGUCCUUAAGGGUCGCUAGGAAUUAGUUAGGGAGAACUGGGAGAAGGGGGGGGAAGUUACAAAUGAGCUGCUAAUCUGCAGUGGUAGAGAAGUUUCCAUAUUGGGAAUUCUCUACAUUGAUGAAAUCAGAGGUCUGAACCUAAACAAACAAAUAAAUCUCUAUAUAGUACUUGGAAUAAUUACAACUUAACAUAUUGAGUAACCUGUUACUUUUACAGGUUGAUUAACUGCCUAACCUAUAAUAUAGGAUUAAUCCCUACAUGGGUUGCUAUUGGGACACUGUUUACUUGGCAGGGUAUUAUUGAUUCUGGGACACUGGAUACUGAAGGAGCUAACAGUGGAUAGCUAGAUAUAGAAGAUGGUGUCAUUUCUUUCAGCAAACCUUUUACAUCAGCACCAGUCCAUCUUGCUCUUUACAUGAGAGCAUUAUACCACCAAUUAAUAGUGAAUAGUUUAAUAGUGAUGGGUUUAGUAACUAUUGUCCAAGUACCGCAUUUGCUGAUUGCCUCUAAAGUUCUUGUACCUUACAAAGCAUAAUGGCUAUACUGUCUCUUCUGUCUUCCAUACCCAUUAUUUUUCAUUUCCUCCCCUAAAAGAAUCCACAGCAUUGAGCAAAAUCCUUCCAAAAAUCAUUGUUAUUCUCAAGAGGAUUGCCUGAAACAGUUUCCUAUUAGGGUCAAACCCCAUCAUGAAGCAAAAAUUCUCCAAUAAUAGGGUAACCACAGUGGAUAUUCACGAAAGUAUAAUGACACUAAAACAAAAGACAGGGACAUUUUUCAAAAUAAGAGAUUCUCUGAGAGGGAGAGACAAAAGAAAAGAGGAAAAUAGAGAAAGAGGCAGAGAGAUGACAAAGUGAGACAGAGAGACAAAGACAGAGAGAACAACCAAUUUAGAACGAAAAAUGCAGAGGCAGAAGGAAAAUUAAUUGAGCCAAAUCUUAAGAAAAAUGAUCAGAAGAAUAUACGAGAGCUCUAUAAUUCAAAAAUGAUGA